GGAAGAGAACCAUGAUGAAGGCGGCGAGGGCUGGACCAAUGGGAGAGGAGCGGCGGUCCUCCUGCUCGGCACCACAACACAGCCCGCACCAUGCCACCUAAAAAGGAUACGAAGGCUAAGCAGCCUGCAAAGCAGACUGCCAAGAAGAAGGAGGGAGGAGGUGGUGGGAAGGCCAAGAAGAAGAAGUGGUCGAAAGGAAAGGUCCGUGAUAAGCUGAACAACUUGGUGUUGUUUGACAAGCCUACAUAUGAUAAGCUGUACAAAGAAGUGCCGUCUUACAAGCUUAUCACUCCCUCCGUUGUUAGUGAGAGGCUGAAGAUCACAGGGUCUCUGGCCCGUCGUGCCCUUGACGAGCUUCAAGUUAAAGGUCUGAUCAGACAAGUUGUGAAGCACCAUGCGCAGGUCGUCUACACACGAACCACCAAGUCUGAAGACUAGAACAAUAAAUUUUCGAGUCUA